CAUAAGUUCAGAAUUUCUUGGACUGAUGAAAAAGGUCUCCUCGGCUCCCCGUGUAAUGGAAAUCAUCAACAUACAGGGCAUUCAGCGUCUGCUAGAGCGUCUCGCUGAUUUGCUGGCAAAAAUUCAAAAGGCACUUGGCGAAUACCUAGAACGUGAGCGCUCAUCUUUCCCAAGAUUUUAUUUUGUUGGCGACGAAGAUCUACUGGAGAUCAUUGGAAAUAGCAAGAAUAUUCCAAGGUUACAGAAGCAUUUCAAGAAGAUGUUUGCCGGAGUGUCACUGAUUCUGUUAAACGAAGACAAUACGGUGAUCUACGGCGUUGCUUCACGUGAAGGAGAAGAGGUGAAAUUCGUGAAUCCAAUUCAAAUCAAGGACCAUCCGAGGGUCAACGAAUGGCUGAGCAUGGUUGAAAAAGAGGUUCGGUCGACGCUUUCGUUUAUGCUCAUCGAAUGUGCACAAAUAAUAGUGAUUAGUGCUCAGAUUCUGUGGUCAGAAGAAGUUGAUGGCAUCCUAGGCAGCAGCGGUGACUUAGGUGAAACCCUGAAGAGCGUCGAAUCCAUGCUUAGCGCAUUAGCCGAUAGCGUCUUGCACGAGCAGCCUCCGAUUCGGCGUAGGAAAAUUGAGCAUCUUAUUACGGAAUACGUUCAUAAGCGUGAUGUGACCCGUUUGCUGAUUUCACGCAAGGUGACGAGCAACAGGUCUUUCACAUGGUUGCAACAGAUGCGUCUGUACCUCGACCCUAACGUAGAGGAUCCACUUAAGAAGCUGUGCAUAUGCAUGGCGAACGCGCGUUUCAGUUACGGCUUCGAGUACCUCGGCGUUCAGGACAAACUGGUGCAGACACCGCUUACUGACCGAUGCUAUCUGACGAUGACCCAGGCACUGGACGCAAGACUGGGCGGUUCCCCGUUCGGACCUGCCGGCACUGGAAAAACCGAAUCCGUCAAGGCGUUGGGCAACCAGCUCGGUCGUUUCGUACUUGUCUUCAACUGCGACGAAAAUUUUGACUUUCAAGCCAUGGGUAGGAUAUUCGUCGGAUUGUGCCAGGUUGGUGCUUGGGGUUGCUUCGAUGAAUUCAAUCGUUUGGAAGAGCGGAUGCUGUCCGCUGUAAGUCAGCAGAUCCAAGCCAUACAAGAGUCAUUACGGUUAUCUACGGCUAAAGAAAGUGCCACUGUGGAAUUGAUUGGACAUGAACUGAAGGUUCAUCCAGACAUGGCAAUUUUCAUCACCAUGAAUCCGGGUUAUGCGGGACGUUCGAACCUUCCGGACAAUCUGAAACAGUUGUUCCGGUCUUUAGCGAUGACCCAGCCGGACCGACAGCUGAUUGCCGAGGUGAUGCUAUUAUGCAGCGAGCAGCUGUCCAACCAGACUCAUUACGACUUUGGGCUGAGGGCCCUGAAAUACGUGUUGGUUAGCGCCGGCAACAUCAAACGCGACAGAAUCCAACACAUUAAAGAAGAAAACGCCAAAGAUGGCGUUGUUGUCGAAGAAUCUUCGAUCGCUGAGAAUUUGCCCGAGCAGGAGAUAUUGAUUCAAUCGGUGUGCGAAACUAUGGCUCCAAAACUCGUUGCCGAAGAUAUACCGUUAUUGUUCAGUCUUCUGUCUGAUGUGUUCCCUGGAGUUCCCUAUGGAAAGGCUCAGAUGGAGAGAUUGCGAGCAGAAAUGCAUAAAGUGUGCUCUGAAUGGUUCCUUUGUUACGCUGAAAGCGCUGGCGACGUUGGCUAUGCUUGGACAGAGAAAGUUAUUCAACUUUACCAGAUCACUCAACUGAACCACGGUCUUAUGAUGGUUGGCACAUCAGGUACCGGCAAAUCGAUGGCGUGGAGAGUGCUUCUGGCUGCCCUGCAGCGCGUUGACGGUGUCGAGGGAGUCGCGCACGUCAUAGAUCCGAAGGCCAUAUCCAAAGAUUCUUUGUACGGUACAUUAGAUCCGAACACUCGUGAGUGGACCGAUGGAUUGUUCACCUCUAUUUUGAGAAAAAUUAUUGACAACGUUCGGGGAGAAAUUACCAAAAGACAGUGGAUCAUAUUCGAUGGUGAUGUGGAUCCGGAAUGGGUCGAAAAUCUGAAUUCUGUCUUGGACGACAACAAACUGCUAACGUUGCCCAACGGCGAGCGACUGGCGCUGCCUCCAAAUGUGAGGAUUAUGUUUGAAGUACAAGAUCUUAAAUUUGCGACGCUCGCAACCGUUUCUCGGUGCGGCAUGAUAUGGUUCUCAGAAGACGUGGUCACCGCCGAAAUGUGCCUCGAGAACUAUUGCCAGCGACUUCGAAACGGUAUUUUAGACGACACGAAGCUGUUGGCCAGCAUCGUACAAAUUCUCUUGCCACAUUUCGCUGCCGACGGUUUGGUUCAGCGAUGUCUCGAAUAUGCGCAGAGCAAUUUGGAUCACGUAAUGGAGUUUACUGUCGGUCGUGCACUGACCUCAUUUUUCUCCAUGCUCAAUCAUUACGUUCGUCAAAUGGAGGCUCACCAGCAGCACAGUGACUUUGAGAUUCAGUACGAUCAUUUGGAACGUUAUAUUUCGAAAGCGUUAAUCAUUUGCAUAACCUGGUCUUUCUCUGGAGACGGGAAAGUGAAAGGCAGGCAGGAUUUGUGCAAUUUUAUCCGAAGUAUGACUACAAUGGCGUUGCCACCUCAAGAAAACGUGCCCAUCACCGAUUUUGAAGUAUCGAUAAACGGUGAGUGGGAACCGUGGCAGAAUAAGGUGCCGCAGAUCGAAGUCGAAAUUCACAAGGUUGCUGCCCCUGACAUCGUUGUACCAACGAUUGAUACGGUGUUGCAUGAAAACUUGCUAUACACUUGGCUUGCGGAGCAUAAACCGCUGCUGCUGUGUGGACCGCCAGGCAGUGGCAAAACGAUGACGUUGUUUUCUUCGCUUCGUUCUUUGCCAGACUUAGAGGUAGUGGGACUGAACUUUUCCAGUGCGACCACACCGGAGCUGCUCUUGAAGACAUUCGACCAUUAUUGCGAGUACAAAAGAACACCCAACGGAGUCGUUCUUUGCCCAAUUCAGCUGUCCAAGUGGAUUGUACUUUUCUGCGAUGAAAUCAAUCUGCCGGAUCUCGACAAAUAUGGUACUCAACGGGUUAUAUCGUUUCUGCGCCAGCUCGUGGAACAUGGCGGAUUCUACCGAACAUCUGAUCAUGCUUGGGUGACAACGGAAAGAAUACAGUUUGUUGGUGCAUGCAAUCCUCCGACGGAUCCCGGCAGAAAACCUUUGUCAGCCAGAUUUUUGCGACAUGUUCCAGUUGUGUAUGUUGAUUAUCCUGGAGAACUUUCGCUGAAGCAAAUUUAUGGUACUUUCAACCGAGCUAUGCUUCGCAUUAUACCUACUCUAAAGUCCUAUGCCGACCCACUCACUUCAGCAAUGGUUGACUUUUUUUUGAUGUCGCAGGAGAAUUUUACGCAAGAGCAGCAGCCUCAUUACGUGUACAGUCCUCGCGAACUCACUCGCUGGGUUAGGGGCAUCUGUGAAGCUAUCAGACCUUUAGAAACGUUGAACGUCGAAGGUCUGGUGCGACUUUGGGCGCAUGAAGCGCUGCGUUUGUUUCAAGACAGACUAGUUACCGAUGAAGAACGCAAAUGGACAGAUGAUCAUAUCGACUGCAUCGCGACAAAGCACUUUCCUAAUAUUGACACGACAGUGGCACUACAAAGGCCAAUUAUGUACAGUUGCUGGUUAUCGAAGAUUUAUGUGCCAGUGGAACGAGAGCAACUGCGCGAAUACGUCAAGGCAAGACUUCGGAUGUUUUACGAAGAAGAGCUGGAUGUGCAAUUAGUCGCCUUCGAUGAAGUCUUAGAUCAUGUACUUCGUAUUGACAGGAUUUUCAGACAGCCACAGGGUCACCUGCUGUUGAUCGGUGUUAGCGGAAGUGGACGGACGACACUGUCUCGUUUCGUUGCCUGGAUCAAUGGACUGUCGGUUUUUCAAGUCAAGGUUCACAGUAAAUAUACGGCUGCUGAUUUUGACGAAGAUCUGCGAAGCGUACUUCGCCGAGUUGGUUGUAAGGGCGAAAAAAUAUGUUUCAUAAUGGACGAGUCGAACGUGAUGGAUUCGAGUUUUCUUGAACGCAUCAACACGUUAUUAGCAAACGGUGAAGUUCCUGGAUUAUUCGAAGGCGAUGAACAUACGACGCUGAUGACACAAAUUAAAGAAGCAUCGCAGAAAGAGGGUUUGAUGCUCGAUUCGUCAGAAGAGCUUUACCGAUGGUUUACCCAACAAAUCAUGCGUAACCUCCAUGUUGUCUUUACCAUGAAUCCGACCACGGAAGGUCUUAAAGAUCGGGCUGCAACAUCUCCAGCAUUGUUCAACAGAUGUGUUUUGAAUUGGUUCGGUGACUGGUCCAAGAACGCAUUAUUUCAAGUUGGCCAAGAACUGACAUGGAACCUGGAUAUCGAUCGUAGUGGCUACAGUCCUCCAGAUCUUUUCCCAUACGCUUGCGAUCUGGUUUCACGACCGCCUUCUUGCAGAGACGCGGUGGUUAACGCAUUUGUGUACGUCCAUGAUACGCUACACCAAGCUGCGGCCCGGUUGGUGAAACGUGGAAGCAAAACUAUCGCGAUUACUCCGCGACAUUUUCUUGAUUUCAUCAGUCAUUACGUAACUCUAUACCGGGAGAAGAGAGCCGAACUAGAAGAGCAGCAGUUGCAUCUGAAUGUCGGCUUGAACAAGAUCAAAGAAACCGAGGUGCAGGUGAAAGAACUGCAGAAGUCCCUCAGUCUCAAAUCGACAGAGUUGGAAGCGAAGAACGCCGCUGCCAAUGCCAAAUUGAAGCAGAUGCUGAGCGAUCAACAAGAAGCGGAGAAGAAGAAACAGGUUAGCGAGGAAAUUCAAGCACAGCUAAACAAGCAGCUGACAGAAAUUGCCGAAAAGAAGCGCAGUGUGGAACAGGAACUAGCUGAAGUAGAGCCCGCCGUCAUCGAUGCUCAAAAUGCCGUAAAAUCGAUUAAGAAACAGCACCUGGUCGAAAUAAGGUCGAUGGUGAACCCGCCUCCACCGGUUAAGCUAGCGCUCGAAUCUAUAUGUCUGCUGCUCGGCGAGAACAGCACAGAUUGGAAGACAAUCCGCGGUAUUAUCGUCAAGGACGACUUCAUCAGUCGAAUCAUCAAUCUAGACGCCGACUCGAUUUCCAUCAAACGCCAGCACCUGGUUGAAGUACGCUCGUUGUCAAGUCCCCCGUCGUCCGUUAAGCUGGCACUCGAAGCGGUCAUCUUCCUCUUGACCUCCAGCGGCAAUCUGGAGUGGAAGACGAUACGCGGCUAUUUAAUGCGGGACGACUUUGUGUCACAGAUUUUAAAUUUCGAUGCGGACAGUAUAACAAACGAUACGAGACAGAAAAUGAAAUCUAGAUACUUCGAAAACCCUGAAUACAAUUAUGAAAAAGUCAAUAGAGCCAGUCAGGCCUGCGGACCAAUGGUGAAAUGGGCGUUGGCGCAGAUAAAUUUUUCUGAUAUGUUACAUAAAGUCGAGCCGUAUCGAAACGAGUUGAAAAAUUUGGAGAGGUACGCUAACGACAACAAGAAGAAGUGUGACGAAGUAAAUGACGUCAUCAGCCAACUGGAAAAAAGCAUAUCAUCUUACAAAGAAGAAUACGCGGUGUUAAUCAGCCAGGCUCAAGCCAUCAAGAACGAUUUAGCAACUGUCCAGGCUAAGGUUGACCGCAGUAUUCAGUUACUACAUGACCUGCAAGGAGAAAGACAACGCUGGGAACAAAGCAGUGAUACUUUUCGAUCACAGGUGGAGACGAUCGUUGGUGAUGUGCUUCUUUCGGCAGCUUUCGUCACAUACGCCGGGUACUUUGAUCAGCAGAUGCGUCAGACAUUGUUUUUCAACUGGUCUCACCAUUUGGAACAGUCGAACGUACAAUUCCGAAUGGACAUUUCAAGGGUUGAAUAUCUAUCGAAUCCGGAUGAACGGUUGCGCUGGCAGAAGAACUGCCUUCCUGCUGAUGAUUUAUGUACAGAAAACGCGAUUAUGCUAAAGCGCUUCAAUCGUUUCCCGCUGAUCAUCGACCCAUCGGGUCAAGCGGUCGAAUUUUUGAUGAACGAGCUGAAGGAGAAAAAAAUCACCAAAACUAGUUUUCUGGAUGAUGCGUUUCGUAAAAGUCUCGAAAGCGCCCUUCGUUUCGGUAACCCGUUGUUGGUGAAGCGCACCGGCGGUCGUGUGCUAAUAACCCUUGGUGAUCAGGACAUUGACUUGUCGCCAACGUUCCAGAUAUAUCUGUCAACCAGAGACCCUACGGUAUGGUCCCCACAUUGUUCUUUGCAUCACAUUCAUUUAUCGUAACU